CAGGCAGACAGACAGCCAGUGCUGAGCACAGACAGAGCCGUCGAGUAAAAAUUCAGUGUCCGUGUGACAUAUACUCGAACGAUUUGUGGUGGAAAAACUGCGGAAAAACGAACGGCACAAUUGACAAAUACAUUUUUUUGCACAAAAAAUAGGAGGAAAUGGAAUUUAAUUAAAAAUUUUCCUGCUGCAGAAAUACCAACAAAAGAAAGUGAAUAUUAUGUAGAUUUGCCUGUGCAAGGAAAAAUCCCAGUGGAAUGUGAAAAUUGGGAGCGGGUUGGAAAAAUGGACAUAAGUUAGAAAGAAAAAAAAAAUAAUAAAAGGAAAAUUGCAUAAAAAAAUUUUUGGAAAAGCAAAAAAAAUAACCCGAAAAACGGAUGUAAGGCAAAGAGCAGCAGUGAGCACAAAUUCCAAAAAAUAUUGAAAAAUUGAAAAUAAACCAAAAUUAUUUAAUGAAAAAUUUUGUUUAGGAAAAACCCAAAGAAAAGUAUUUUUUGACAAAAAAAAAAUCCAAGCAAUGAAUUUCCAACGAAAAGGGAAAAUCUGAUAAGAGCACGAAAAGCCAAAAAAAGAGUGGCAGAACACCACUUUAAAUACUUCAACACCAUUCGCAGGAAAGGCAGCAACAACAACUACAAUACAAAACACAGCCACCACCACCAGAAACAACAACGGCAGCAUAACAUAAACCAACCCAACUACAACACCCCCUGGAAAACAGGGCCAUAGAAAACAAAACGCCUACAACAACAAAAACAACUAAAACAACAACCGAAGCAAAACAUAAAUUAAAAGAUUUCAGAAAAAAAAUAGAAGAAAAACUUGCUGCUGCUCAAGUGUUUUGUGAAAAAAAAAACGAAAUUGAAAAAAAAGAAAAACUACAACAACAUAAUAACUGCAACAUCAUCAUCAUUAUCAGCCACAAAAACAAUAAGAAGAAGAAAUUCUACAACAACAUCACCAAGGAUAAGAAUUAUAUUUCCCCCUACAAUUUCUGGGUCAUGAAGAAAAUGUCAGCAAUAAACAAAAGCAAUAUUACGGUGAGGAAGAGAGGAUCCUAAAAAUUGCAAAAAGGCAGUUUCCCAAGAGAGAGAGAGAGAGAGAGAGUGAGAAAGGCCAAGAGAGGAGCACUCAAAGAGCAACUCAACAGGAUCGCAAGAGAAGAAGCAGCUAUCAACACAAGCCACCGCUAUUUUCCCACACUUAAUACGACACUCACCGCUUGUUAUCCUAAAAAAAACUAGAGAGAACAAGAGAGUUAAUAAUAAUUUACAAAGAGUUAUAUUAACUCUCUUCAAAAAAAAGAUAAAGAGAGUAAAAAGUAGUUGGAUUUACUCUCUUUAUUUUGGCCAUUCUUUUUUUUUGGUUUUGUUUUCUUCUUGUUUUUGUUUUGCAUUUUUUUUUUUGUUUUGACUCAAAUCCCACCGCUUGAAUCGUUAACACACCCACCGCCCAACGCCAACCUUCACCUUGGGGUCUUUGGUUUAAUUUUACAUUGAAACAUUCCGCCACAUAGCAUGGCCUCGGUCGCCGCUUGGCUGCCAUUCGCACGGGCGGCGGCCAUUGGUUGGGUGCCCAUUGCCACCAAUCCCCUGCCCCCAGCCCCCAUACCCAAAGAUCGUCGCAAGACCGACGACGAAAAGCUGCUCAUCAACGUCUCGGGCCGGCGCUUCGAGACAUGGCGCAACACGCUCGAAAAGUACCCCGACACCCUGUUGGGCUCCAACGAGCGCGAGUUCUUCUACGACGAGGACUGCAAAGAGUACUUCUUUGACCGAGACCCGGACAUCUUUCGUCACAUUCUCAAUUAUUAUCGCACUGGCAAACUGCAUUAUCCCAAACACGAGUGUCUCACCAGCUAUGACGAAGAGUUGGCCUUCUUCGGCAUUAUGCCGGACGUCAUAGGUGAUUGUUGUUAUGAAGACUAUCGUGACCGCAAACGGGAAAAUGCCGAACGUUUAAUGGAUGAUAAGCUCUCAGAGAAUGGUGACCAAAACCUGCCGCAGCUAACCGACAUACGCCAGAAGAUGUGGCGGGCCUUCGAGAAUCCGCACACCUCGACGGCCGCCCUGGUCUUCUACUAUGUGACGGGCUUCUUCAUCGCCGUUUCGGUGAUGGCGAACGUGGUGGAGACGGUGCCCUGUGGCCACCGUCCCGGCCGAGCUGGUACACUGCCCUGUGGCGAACGCUACAAAAUCGUCUUCUUCUGUCUGGACACAGCCUGCGUCAUGAUCUUCACCGCCGAAUACCUGUUGCGUCUGUUCGCGGCCCCGGAUCGCUGCAAAUUCGUGCGCAGCGUGAUGAGCAUAAUCGAUGUGGUGGCCAUCAUGCCGUACUACAUCGGCCUGGGUAUCACCGACAACGACGACGUGAGCGGGGCGUUUGUCACGUUGCGGGUCUUCCGCGUCUUUCGUAUUUUUAAGUUUUCGCGUCACUCGCAGGGUUUGCGAAUUUUGGGCUACACGCUCAAGUCCUGUGCUUCCGAAUUGGGUUUUCUCGUCUUUUCGCUGGCCAUGGCCAUUAUCAUUUUCGCCACGGUCAUGUUCUAUGCUGAGAAGAAUGUGCACGGUACGAACUUUACGUCGAUACCGGCGGCAUUUUGGUAUACCAUUGUCACAAUGACAACAUUGGGUUACGGUGAUAUGGUACCCGAAACAAUAGCGGGCAAAAUCGUGGGCGGUGUCUGCUCGCUCAGUGGUGUGCUUGUGAUCGCCUUACCAGUACCUGUUAUUGUAUCUAACUUUAGUAGAAUUUAUCAUCAGAAUCAACGAGCCGAUAAACGAAAAGCCCAAAGGAAAGCCCGCCUGGCCCGCAUACGCAUUGCCAAGGCCUCAUCGGGCGCUGCAUUUGUUAACAAAAAGAAGGCUGCCGAAGCCCGUUGGGCUGCCCAGGAGUCGGGCAUUGAAUUGGAUGAUAAUUAUCGCGAUGAGGAUAUUUUCGAGUUACAGCAUCAUCAUUUACUCAGAUGUCUGGAGAAAACAACGAUGUAGCAACCAUUUGUUCUGAUUACAAAAAGCAAUGACAACAUAUGUAUUUUUUAUAAAAUCUAAAAAAAAUGUUAUUAACUGCAUUUUUUCUAAAAUACAACAAAAAACUUAAUACCAAAAAAUCAACAACAACAACAAUAAAGAACAAAACAAUUCGUAUACAAUUCACAAACAAUUUUUAAAAUGAAUAAAAGAGAGACAAAUUCGUGACAACUUAGAAGCAAGUUAUUAAUGAAAAGUGCGUAUUUUUUAUAAAAAAAAUAUUAUUUGUUAAAAAAAAAUAUUAUUUUUCUAAAAAAUAAAUUUGGAAAAAAUAUCUAAAGAAAAUUUGUAUUUGCUAAAUUUUUGUGUUUGUAUGUGUAUGUGUCUCUGAGUGUGCAAUAAUUGUUAUUUAAUUUUAUCUAUUCUCUCUAACUUUGUAAGAAUUAUAUUUUU